AUGGAUCUCUACACUACAUCCUUCACCCUUCCUCACUUCACUCUCCGCUCGCCCAUCUCUCCAUCGGAGCGAGCGGCUAGCUAUCCCCUCAGCUCGGCCGGAUCGUCUCCCAUCCCCCUUCUAAACGUCACUUCUACCCCAGCCACGCUGCACGAUGGUUCGAAUCCGGUAGACCUGGACUGGGAAGCUGUCCAGAAGCUAGCGGCGGACAUCACAGCUCGCGAAGGAUGCCUAGUCACCGUCACUCGCGAAUCAUCCCAAAAUCACCCCUCGGAUCUCCUUACCUCACCAAAAGACGCGGAGAGUACCCCCUCCUCGGCGGUCGUAUGGAACUUCCACUUCUCGGGAACAUACAAGGCCGUCGUGGCUGCCCGCGGGGCGAUCCUUCGCGAGUCACCUCGGGCGAAUCGGUUCGCCCUCAAGGUCCCAAGGGCGGUCAUACUGGAGUCGGCCCUUUCUGGAUCCAUGAAGGUCAAGAAUGAGGUCCAGAGGAGGCUGGAGGAGAUCGAAGUGGACACCCAGGCGAUUAUUACGGUAGACUUCCCAGAUCUGGGUAGGAAGGGAGCCAAGGGGAGUGCAGCAGCGAGCGCUACUGAGCCCGAGGAAAUGAAUGGGGUGAAUGGGAAGGGGCACAGCAGAUCUGGAGGAAGUGGUGGUAGUCUGGCGAGUGUGACGGGUAGCGCAAAUGAUCGCCCGGCGGAUGGUGAGAAGAAUGCUACGCAGGAGGGCGUGGAGGCGGAGCAGCAGGCUGGCUUGCCGAAGCAGGCCACAUAUGGUCUAGAGGCGGAACGGACGUGUGAGAUUGUCAUCUCUGGCAAGCUGGAGAGGGUGCAGCUGGCCAAGGUACGCAUACUGGUACUGCUGGACGAGUUACACGGCCUCCACGUCGAGCCUUGCGAGAUCGACUACAAGCUCCACGCCAUCAUCGCCGGCCGUCGCCGAGGCGUCAUACAGUCCAUCCAGGAGGAAACAGCCACGACCAUCUACUUCCCUGUCCCCCUCGUUGGCAUCCUCAAUCCGCCACAGCCCAGGCCUCACCCGGACCAUUCCGCCGGUUAUCGCUCGUACCAAUCCUUCCAGUCGCACAGCAUGUCCAAUCUCGGACCUGCGGGGCCGAGCGGCAUGAAUGGCCAUAGCAACGGAGGAGCCAUCGGGGCGGGCUCGAGCUGGACCGCCGGGCCGCACAUGCCUGGUCCAGUCGGUCACGGACAUUUCAACGGACAUGGGAACGGCCACCCUAAUGGGUAUCACCCGUCCAGCCACCAAUCACCGGUCUACAAUCCUCACCACCACGUUCAGCACCCAUAUCAAACCCCGCCACCAUACUUCCACCCCCGUCCGCCGAGGGGGGUGCCGCAUGGCCAGCACCCUCACCCUCCCUUUCAUAAGCCCCAGCAUCAGCAACAUAUGAACGGGAUGCACGGACCGCCGGUACACAUGCAGCACACCGGCGUUUCGAGCAUGUCGAGCUUCGGCACGCCAGGGCCUAAUCAGGCGCCUCGGCACAUACCCACGGAUCAACAGCAGCCAAAUCGACAACCUCACUACCGGCCAAAUCAGUACCAGCAUCCACCCGGUCAUCACCCGUUCCAACAUCAAACUCAUCAUAUGCACCAGCCGCACGGUAUGAAUGGUAUGGGCCAUGCGAAUGGUCCACAAGGGCCGAAUAUGGGCACAGGGGUGCCUGCCUAUGGUCAGGGACCACAUCCUGGUCUGGCUGUUCAUAAUGGAGAGCAGGGAUCGAUGGGUAAGGCGAACCAGAUCUGGAUCACGGGCGAGUUCUUUGGGGUACAGCGGGCGAGGGACAUGCUGCUCAACAUCGCGAUGCAGAAGAGCAAACUCGUCAUUUCUCGGGACACCGCCAUCCUACCCCGAAAGCUCGAUUGGCUCCUCACCGAACGCCUCGAAGAAGUCAAGAUCAUCAUGUCGGACAAUGCGACGUAUAUGCAGGUCCCAUCGGUCGGAUCGCAGGCAAGCUUGAUCACUGUCUUUGGGGAUCAUCGGACCGGUAUCGAACGUACAAUAAGGACCUUGAUGGCUAUGUCGUGCGAAUUCUACGUCGCCUCGGUCUGGCUCCUCCCUCUCGCAUAUGAUGUUCUCGUGCCCCAGUCCACCAUCAACCCCGCCCAGAUACAACCGGUGAUUAAGCGGAUAUCGCAUGCUACGGGCGCAGAAGUGGUCUUCAAGAGCAACUGCUUUGAGAUGCACGGGUCGGAGGCGGAAGUACGAGCAGCGGUGCUCAUGGUCCUGGAUCUGGACAUCAUAAACGGCUUCCACCACGAGAUCCGAUUCCAGAUCGAGCUGGCAAACGAGCACCGCGACUUCAUCUCGGGCAAAAAGAAUGGCAAGAUCAACAAGAUCAUGAAGCUCGCCAACGUCCGCAUCAAAUUCGAGACGCUGAACGACUACAACUUUCUUAUCGAUAUCGCCGGUCUCGGCGGCAAUGCUCUCAAAGGCCUCACGCUCCUCCAGGAGGAGCUUCCGGCCGAUAUCUCGUUCCACGUCCCGGAGAACUACCAUAAGCGCAUCAUCGGCGUAAUGGGCCGGAACAUCCAGCGGAUCAUGAAGAUCUACGGGGUGUAUGUCAAGUUUGCGAAUGACGAGGAGUUGGAGGCGCUGGGAGGGUAUGCGGAUAAUGAGGAUAAUGUGGUUGCGAGGACGCCGGCGAAGAAUGCUGUCAAUCUGGAGAGUCUGAAGCGGAGUAUCAUGGAGCUCGAUAGAGACUAUCUCACCGAGAGCAUCCCCGUUCCCCGCCACUACCACCGUACUCUGCUCGGCGAAAAGAGCAUCUUCAUUCACGAUAUCGAACGCAAGACCAACUCGAGGUUCCGCUUUACCUAUCCGGAAAGUGCAAGCGAUCGGCUCGUCAUAUUUGGUCCGGAGUCUCAGGUGCUGAUCGCUGCUGCUAUGCUUCUGGAACAUGUCCCUUUUGAAGCCAGCCUGCACGUAUUGGCCAGCCACGACCUCACCGCCCUUGUCACCUCUCCCGACUUCGUCGUCUUCACCGAGACCAUCAAGCGGGACCAUCAGAUCGCCAUCACGCCUUCAGCCAACUUUGGGGAGGCGGACGAGGCGGUCUUCUCUUUCAGGUGCCAGCGGAGUCCUAUGGAGGCGAUGGGCGUCGCUAGGGAGGCGCUGGAGAAGUACCUAGAGGAGCACAAAAUCCAGAUAUACCCCGAAGAUAUGCCAAGCCGGGUCGACACAUUCGCGGAUGCGUACUCGCAUUUCAACCAAAGACUUAUCGACAGGCGCGCGCAGGCUGCAGCGGAGCUGGCGGCCGAGCAAGAGCUCAAGAUCGCCCCUCUUGUCCGGGCUCGGCCUAUCCCUGCCGACGUCAAAGCCAUCUUUGAUGCUCCUUCGACAAAUACCCUGGACGGCAUUCGACCCGUCGAGGAUGGUGAGAGGGGCUUUGCCGGUCCGCUCAGCUACCACGAUCCCCGUCGAGGCACAGAGAUCUGGCAGUCGCCCAAGCCGGUCCGGUCGGAGAGCAUGAGCACCGAGUCUCGCUCCAAGCGCGGGUCUGACCCGCUCAUCCCGGAGAAGCUGCGACAAGCUACGCUCGGCCCCGGUGUCCCGCUCGGCCCGGCACCGGGUCAAGGGAACGGGCAUGCCCACCCUCGAGGUGCGGCAGCCCGGACACAAUCGCUCGACAUCACCUCGCUGAACUUUUCGCGUACCCUUUCGUCCGGUGCCGGCGGAUUCGGAGUACUCCCUCUCAGCCCGGCAGCGAUACUCGCGAACAGCCCAAAUACUGCCAGCGGACAGUACUUUCCCUCCACGACGAGUGGCGGGCUGGGUUUGAUGGGGACAAAGAGUUUCCCUUACGAGUCUCCAGGGCUGGACGGAAUCACUAGCGGUGAGUAUGGUUGUCUGCCCAGAAUAAGCAGAGCUGAUGCAGCAGCGAUUGGAAACGUUCAUGUCUGA